AUGGAAUCUUUUAUAGAAGGAGUACGCUUGCACCCGUGCCUCUGGAACCCUCUGCACCCUGAUUAUCGCGAGAUACACGUUAAAGAUAAGGCAUGGCGGCGCGUAGUGGAACAUUAUAACAACGAAUCCAUACCGAACAUUCAAGUCGCUAAAAUAGAAUGGAAGAAACUUCGAGACAACCAUCGAGAUGCGCUAAAGCGCGCGAAGCUAGGCAAGAACAAACUACUACCCGCCCAAAUUACAACUUGGAAAUAUGCUAAAGCGAUGCAAUUUCUUGAACCACACAUGAAAUAUAGAAUAACCGAAAACAUCGAAAUAGACAUUGGGCCGACUACUAGUCCAAUGAAUUGUGAACAGAAUAUCAUCACAACAGACAACGCUGAACAAUUAAAGUCAUGGAGUCCGUUGAAAAAACGUCGUGUAGAAGUAAACAAUGAUAAUCAACACGAGGCGGACGCUUUGGAGUCAUUUUUUAAUUGCAUAUUGAAAAGUACUAAAAUGAUGCCUCACUGGAUGCAAACACAAGUGAAGAAGAAAAUAUUUGCUGUUAUAAUCGAAGCAGAGGAAACGCUCUCAAAUCAACAAUACGGUAAUACUAUUAACGAUAACGUAACUAUUACUAGAGAGCACACUGAAAAUGAUGACACUGUUGAGACUAAAAUAAAAACCGAAGUAUUCAUAGAAGAAAACCAGGAUUACGACGAU